CUUCCUCGGCCUUCAGUCGACAGUUAUCAAACUCUCUGGCUGGGCUUCAGACGUCCCUUCUGUGCAUGUUCCAUUGCUGAGAACACGCAAGAGGAUUGAAAUGGCUCCGACAAUGGGCACGCUCUGGCUGAUGAUUCUCGCAGCAAGCGGUGUACUAGCAACAAAAAAAGAUAUACCCGUGGAGUUGGAGAGGGCUGAGCGACAAUCGAUUCCUAUUGCCUGCAAUGGGCAGUUCACGAAUGUGACCAGCGGUACAAUCGAGAGUCCGUACUACCCCAACGACUACUACAAUGGCGCCCUCUGUCUGUGGUACGUCAUCGUGUCGCCAGGCGCCAUCAUCGAGCUGGCACUGUACGAUUACUCCAUAGAGAGCGGGUGGGACUUCCUGUACAUCUACGAUGGAGGCAGCCUCGCUUCACCUUUGAUUGCCACUAUCACGGGAACUGGAGCCACUGAGAUCUACAACACCACUUCUAACGUAGCUCUCCUGAAGUUCCAAUCAGAUGGAAGCGUCACCGACAGAGGGUUCCAUUUGGACUUCGUCGAGAGGUUCUACCAAGACGCGCCACCAACUGGCAGCCCUGACACCUUCAACUCAGGUUGCCCCAACUCGAGGAUCUACAGUUCAGAGGGGUACAUCAGCUCCCCUGGUUACGCCGCCGGCUACCAGAACUACACCGAGAACCUGAACUGCGUCUGGGAGAUCGUCAACCCCUUCGGCGCCACCUUCAACCUCUGGUUCGUAGCGUUCGACCUGGAGUGCGAAAGAGACUACCUGAACGUCUACACUGGUGCCAACCAGCAUAGAUACUCCUGCGAAAUGGACCCCAUGUACGGGUGUAACAUCACAACAACCGGGCCCACGGUCACCAUCGAGUUCACCUCGGACGAUACCGUCAACAACAGAGGAUUUUUCAUCGGAUACGAGAGUUCGAAGUACACCGACCUACAGGAGACACAACCACAGCAUACCAGCAGCGAUCCUUGGCCCGGGUAUGCCUGUCAAAUUGAGCCACCAGAGGAACCUGACUGUUACACCGGAGACGGCCGUGACUACCGUGGACGGGUGAACGUGACCGAGAACGGGUACACGUGCCAGCGCUGGGACGUGCAGGUACCGCACUACCACGUCUACAGCCCCGACAGGUUCCCUCAGUACGGGCUGGAGGAGAACUACUGCCGUAACCCCGGCAACGGCUACAAGCCCUGGUGCUACACAACGUCCCCUAGCGUCAGGAUCGAGUACUGCGACGUCAGGGAGUGUGCCGACUUUACGACUCCAGCACCCGGGUUCGAGGCUCCCCCUCGCUGGAAUAACACUGGCGUCAACAAUACUUUCACAGAAUGUGGAGGAACGCUGUAUCUCGAUGCCGGGUUCAUAGACAGCCCGGGUUUCGGUGUCAUGAGAUACCCUGACAACGCCAGGUGUGAAUGGACCAUUAUCGACCCGCACGACUGGGGCUUCAGGCUGAUUCUGGAAGACGCCAGCAUGGAGUGUGGCUAUGACUCCGUCACAAUUUACGACGGAGCUGCCAAUGGCACGGAGCUUGCAAGCUACUGUACUGCUGAUACCUGUGCCAUCGAGACCACACAAUCAACCGUCACCGUGGUCUUCAAUUCGGACGCUAGCAUUACAGGCCGCGGGUUUAGACUAAGAUUUGGAAGUCUGUACAUCCCAAAUGUCUUUCCCGCGUUCCCGAUUGCGGGCUUCCCCUCGUGUACCAGCAUCGUCGACUUGGGUUUGACACCUCCAGCCCCCACACCGUCUCUAGAUGAAGUUCAGGUCAUCUUGGUGGACGGUAACGGGAUCAACAGCGGUCUUGUUGAGAUCUUCUACGACGGCCAAUGGGGAAGCAUCUGUGACGACGAGUUCGACAAGGCCGACGCUGACGUCAUCUGUCGCCAACUCGGCUUCAGCGGAGCCGACGCUUUCUACGGAGAUGCCUACUUCAACGAGGGCCACGGACCGAUCUGGCUGGACGAUCUCGCCUGCACUGGAGACGAGAACCUCAUCACGGAGUGCGCUCACCCAGGCUGGGGCGUCCACAACUGUCAGCACAAGGAAGACGUAGGAGUGGUCUGUGCAGAGUUUCGGAUUCGUCUGGUCGACGGAGAUUUCGACCACGGCCGACUGGAGGUGUUCCAUGACGGCCAGUGGGGGACCGUGUGCGACGACAACUUCGGCAUUAACGAGGCCGACGUGGCGUGCAGGGAGCUGGGAUUCCCCGGCGCCGACCCGACCCAGCCGAUCGUUUCCUGGGGACCAGGCACCGGGCCCAUCUGGAUGGACGACGUGAAGUGCUCCGGGACCGAGCCUUCUCUUGAGUACUGUGACCAGAGGGGGUGGGGAAGCCACAACUGUGAUCACAGCGAGGACGUCGGACUCAUCUGUGAUGCGCCAGUCACAACAACGGAAAUGCAGCCAACGACGAUUCCGCAGACCACCUUGUAUCCUGACAACGGCAUCAUCACAUUCUCUGGUUUCAGUGUGAGGCUUUCUUCCGGAGGACCGAACUACGGCAGGGUUGAGGUUCUGGUGAACGGGACCUGGGGUACCGUCUGUGACGAUAGAUUCGGCGCCGACGAGGCCAGGGUGGUCUGCCAAGAGCUCGGUUUCCGUGACUACAUCAGCUUUGAUGGGGGCGCGCACUACGGCCUGGGGACCGGGCCGAUAUGGAUGGACGACGUCCAGUGUACCGGCUACGAGCCGUCUAUUCAGUUCUGCCAGCACCGUGGAUGGGGCGUGGAAAACUGUGGCCACCACGAGGACGUUGGCGUCGAGUGCCAGGGACCGGAUAGGACCCUCAUCGACUGUGACUUCGACACGAACAGAUGCAACUUCACCGGUGAUGCUACAGCAGACUUUGAGUGGAGGCGCAGAGCCGGCAGAACGCCUUCUGCUUCGACUGGCCCAAGCUUUGACCACACAACUGGAAGCGGAUACUACAUGUACAUCGAAGCAUCAUCGCCCCGUCAGCCGGGAGACACUGCUCGCCUUGUGAGCCCCGUGCUCAAUGCAUACGGAACGCACUGCCUGCAGUUCGCCUACCAUCUGUACGGGGACAGCAUCGGUGAGCUGAAGGUCCUGGUCGGGUCUGAGGUUGUGUUCUUCCGGAACGCUAGUGAUGGAGACUUCUGGCAGGAAGCCAAAAUGGACGUCAGCCUGAACAACAAUCAGAUCACCUUUGAGGGUGUUGUCGGCAUCGGGUGGAGAGGAGACGUCGCCAUUGAUGACGUUCUCCUGUACAGUGGAUCUUGCCAGUCCAACGCCCCAAUAGCUACAACGCCUGCCUUGCCGGCCACAACCACAAUUCCAAGCGUCAUCAAUCUGGGAGACUACGAUAUCCGACUGGAAGAUGGCGGCUACAGCUACGGCAGGGUGGAGGUCAGGGUCAACGGGGAGUGGGGGACGAUCUGCGACGACGGCUUCGGCGAGCCCGAGGCGGCUGUGAUCUGUCGGGAGCUCGGCUUCGCCGGCGUGGAGGCCUUCUACCCCGGAGCGUACUACGGAGAGGGCACGGGCAAGAUCUGGCUGAGCGACGUGAAGUGCUCUGGUGACGAGUCGGCGAUCAGACAGUGCGGCCAUGCCGACUGGGGCGUGAACAGCUGCCUACAUGCGCAAGAUAUAAGCGUCGACUGUAAACAAGAGAUCGAAGUUCGUCUGGCUGACGGUGAUACCAACUACGGCAGAGUGGAGGUUAAGUACGACGGUCAGUGGGGCACGAUCUGCGACGACGACUUCGGCGAAUCCGAGGCCAGAGUGAUCUGCCGGCAACUCGGCUUCCCCGACUUCGAGACCUUCCACUACGGCGCGUACUACGGACCGGGGACGGGCCCUGUGUGGCUGAGCAACCUCCAGUGCAAUGGGUUCGAGACGAAUGUAGAGGACUGCAGUCACAGCGGCUGGGGCAUGAACCCACCCACCUGCACCCACCCACAUGACGUAUCCGUCGUCUGCCAGGGCUCAGUUUCAACCGGAAUUAGCAUUGACUGUGACUUCGAACAAGGCCUGUGCGGCUACUACAACUACAAGUUCACGCGCACCGAGGGGCCGACUAACAACGACACAACCUCAGGCCCAAGCGGAGACAGCAACACUGGAUCCGGAUACUAUGUGUACACCGAGUCGGCCGAACUGGCCCCGGGCGACGCCUCCUUCCUUCUGAGCCCCGUGGCGAGCUUGAACGUGCCGUCCCAAUCCUGCCUGCGGUUCUCCUACCACAUGUACGGGACAGACAUUGGAGAGCUGAAGCUGUACGUCCAGAACGGGUCCGGCAACUGGUACCAGCCGUUCGAUCGGUCUGGCGACCAGGGAGACGCCUGGAUCACGGAGAAUAUAGACCUGAACGCGCCCGUCGGCCAGGUUAUGUUCAUCGGCAUCCGUAAGAGUAUUGUUGGUGCUGGCCUCGCCGGAGACAUUGGCGUCGACGACAUCAGGCAUUACUGGGGACCAUGUAACCUUGCAAACUAAAGCGGCGCACAGCCGUCUGACCAGUACCGGCACAACAAGCUGUGGAAACUACUGACCGGCGCCCUGCAUCGCCAAAACAUCAACAACGUGUAACUUACCAUGAACUGAUAAUGUCCACUACAAUAAUAUUAUUUACGCCCCGGUUACCUACAGUAAACUUAAACGAAAUUUCUUUGCAAAAGUGAA